CAAUUCCUCUCUCUUAGUCAAAUUAGCGGGGUUACAUAGAGGGAGUCUCGCAGUCUCCUGGACAGAGGCAUAAACCGUAAACAUCCAGAUCAAAGACUGAGUGUCUGCUCUUAUGUAUGGACAGGUUAAUAUUUAAAUCCUUGUAAACUAUAGCGCUGGUCAGUCUGAUCGAAUCAUUUAGAGAGGCGUGGAUUGGGAACAAGCUGUUCCUUUGGUGGGUGACUGUCCAAGAAGGAGAGAAAGAGGAAAAAUCUGAGAACCCCCGAAUUGGAGGUAGAUUAAACUGGACAUGGCACACCUUCAGAACAUUCGGAGCCAGAACUCAUGUUUGAAUCCUGAAGAAUACUUCACUAAGUUGGAACGAAUUGGUAAAGGCUCUUUUGGAGAGGUAUACAAGGGCAUAAACAACCGCACAAAAGAAGUGGUGGCCAUUAAGAUUAUUGACUUGGAGGAGGCAGAGGAUGAGAUUGAAGACAUCCAGCAGGAGAUCACGGUGCUCAGCCAGUGCGACAGCCCUUAUGUCACCAAAUACUACGGCUCCUAUUUGACGGGCUCUAAAUUAUGGAUAAUCAUGGAAUAUUUGGGAGGCGGUUCGGCUCUAGAUCUGCUAAGGCCGGGACCUCUGGAAGAAGCGUAUAUCGCCACCAUUCUCAGAGAAAUACUGAAAGGACUCGACUACCUCCACUCAGAGAGGAAGAUUCACAGAGAUAUCAAAGCGGCCAAUGUGUUACUAUCUGAACAUGGACAAGUCAAGCUGGCAGACUUUGGAGUGGCCGGCCAGUUAACAGACACACAAAUUAAGAGAAACACUUUUGUAGGAACUCCAUUUUGGAUGGCACCAGAGGUCAUUAAACAGUCUGCAUAUGACUUCAAGGCCGACAUCUGGUCAUUGGGUAUCACGGCCAUCGAGCUGGCUAAAGGAGAGCCACCCAACUCAGAACUUCACCCCAUGAGAGUCUUGUUCCUCAUCCCUAAAAAUAACCCACCCACACUGGAGGGGUCCUACAGCAAAGCCUUUAAGGACUUUAUUGAAGCUUGUCUCAAUAAAGAGCCACGAUUUAGACCGACAGCCAAAGAGCUUCUGAAGCACAAGUUCAUCACCCGCUACACCAAGAAAACCUCCCACCUGGCAGAGCUCAUUGAUCGGUACCGCCACUGGAAGUCAGAGGGCCACGGGGACGAAUCAAGCUCUGAUGACUCUGACAUUGAUGGGGAGGGGGAUGACAGAGACCAGUGUCCCAUGUGGACUUUUCCCACUGUACGGCCCACUUCCAUGAACAAGUUACAGAGAGGUUUCAACCAUUUAGACAGUAAGACAUCAGACGUUGUUAAGAGGCAGCCGAAGUCACCGUCUCUAACAACGUUCAUAUCACCCAUCUUCAGAGAGCUGAAGGAGAAGCGGCGUGUUAGCGGGAGCAGUGUAUGUGCCCUGGAGGAGCUGGAAAACGCAUUCAGCCUCGCAGAGGAGUCCAGCCCUGGAAUCUCAGACCGUUUACUCAAUACAUUAUGGAGAGAGUGUGCAGGUUUACACCCAAAAGAAACAGCAUGCCUUCAAAACGAUGAUAUCCGUCUGACUGCUGUUGAGCUCCGUCUGAUGGAAAGACCGCCCCGAUCCCUUCAUGAGCCAGUCCUCUAUGCCCACCUGCUCCUUCCGCUGAACACCUCCAAUCUUUCCAUUACAGCUUGUAUUAUGAGAUGUGUUUUUUUUUUACAGUUUACUUUAUAGAAUUUUGAAAUGUCUAAAUCAAAUGUAAAAUAUGAAAUGACAAAGCUUAAGUUUAUGUGUAUUCCAUUUAAUGAAAAAGUACAUUGAGCUGUAAAUAAACUAGUGUAAAAAGUG